CCUUGCUUCUGUCCCUCCCUCCCCAGGACCCAUUCCCUGGGCCACCAUGGCCGCGGCCAUCGCCAGCGGCUUGAUCCGCCAGAAGCGGCAGGCGCGGGAGCAGCACUGGGACCGGCCCUCUGCCAGCAGGAGGCGGAGCAGCCCCAGCAAGAACCGCGGGCUUUGCAAUGGCAACCUGGUGGAUAUCUUCUCCAAAGUGCGCAUCUUCGGCCUCAAGAAGCGCAGGUUACGGCGCCAAGAUCCCCAGCUCAAGGGCAUAGUGACCAGGUUAUAUUGCAGGCAAGGCUACUACUUGCAGAUGCACCCCGAUGGAGCUCUCGAUGGGACCAAGGAUGACAGCACCAAUUCCACACUGUUCAACCUCAUCCCAGUGGGACUGCGUGUCGUUGCCAUCCAGGGAGUGAAGACAGGGUUGUACAUAGCCAUGAAUGGAGAAGGUUACCUCUACCCAUCAGAACUUUUUACUCCUGAAUGCAAGUUUAAAGAGUCUGUUUUUGAAAACUAUUAUGUAAUCUACUCAUCCAUGCUGUACAGGCAACAGGAGUCUGGCAGAGCCUGGUUUUUGGGAUUAAAUAAGGAAGGGCAAGUUAUGAAAGGGAACAGAGUAAAGAAAACUAAAGCAGCAGCUCAUUUUCUGCCCAAGCCAUUGGAAGUUGCUAUGUACCGAGAACCAUCUUUGCAUGAUGUUGGCGAAACAGUUCCGAAAGCUGGGGUGACUCCAAGCAAAAGUACAAGUGCAUCUGCAAUAAUGAAUGGAGGAAAGCCAGUCAACAAGUGCAAGACCACAUAGCCAGAUCCUCAGGUGUCCUGACUUACUUGUCCAGAGCACAGUGGAGUGAUUUAUCUUUACUAGACAUUCCUGCUCCUGUGGCUGAAGAGUCCCAGCAGUCAAGCUGAUGCUUGUUCUAUGCUGUCUCAGACCUCCUUCGUUGCAAGUGGAUAAAUCUCAACCUGUGGUCCCCCCACACCAAGAAGACACCUGGACAAACCAGCUAAACUCAGACCAUGGAAUGCCCUACCAGAUAUGGAAUGCCUUUUUAAUAUCUUUUCUGUGACUGUGACACUUCAUGUGAAUGACAUACUUCACAAAUACACUCAAUACCUUGCCUGCUGACAGCUACCCAUAAUCCUUUUUUGAGUCCUGUUUCAGCGAAAUCCAUGUGUUUAAGUUCAAUUUUGUAGCACACAAAUAAUAUUGAGUAAUUUCUAGUUAGACGCUGUAAACCUGUGCUAUCAUGGAUUUCUCUUUUUCCCAUUUUUGCAGGGCUGCUUGCUCCACUGUCUGUGACAUUUAGCAGGAUUGUGUUCCUCUGAAUCUUCAGUGUUGUAGUUGGAUUAGUUUGGAGAACAAUCAGGGAAUCAGGAAGCCUUCUAAAUCUAUUACUACAAAUCGUAUCUACAAAGAUUAAGGUGUUCUUUGGCUUACAUUACCGAUUAAACACACAUAUACGCUCUGUCCAGUAGGAGACACUGGACUCCCAAGGUGGUUAUGGCCUGGGUAGACCAAGGGUCAAACACAAUCCAUGGGAAGCUCUCUAUGAUAGGUGUUUGGCAUCCCCUCUAAGUUUAUUCGUGUGUGUAUGUGUGUGUGUGUGUGUGUUUUAUACAUAUCACAAGCUUACUGGUAAUGGUAACAUUUGCCUUGCCCAGCGAGCAAGACCCACUCAGUUUUUGAGAAAGUGGGUCCAAAGAAUUCUGUAGGCCUUGUAGGCCUGAUUAAGGUUCAUUUUUUUCAUCUAUUAAUCCUCACUAUUGGGAAAAGGAAAAAUAAAAACAAAUCAUUACAACUUAUAAGAAAUAUGCUACCUAAAUCCAUUUCUGACCCUUUCCUCCCUUUUUUUAAAAAUGAAGAUAACUCAAUGCCCCCCACCCCGAUUUGGGCUGCAUUC